AUAAAAGCAAAACAAGGCACCUUUCAUUAGUUUGCUUGUAUGAAAGUGAAAAGUAAAGAACAUACGACAGGAGAUAGCGUGUGCCGUGUGGUGUGGGUCUUUAUCUACCGUGUCGUAGGCCUACACUUCCUAUAAAUACCCCUGAAACUCAGGAACGAGAGUUUUCAAGCACUAACACUUCCAACACCUCUUCCUUCCUUCUUCCUCUCUUCUCUUCAACGGAACUGCUAACUAAUUAACUAAACCGCGAGAGUGCCAGCAUGGAAUCCAAACCCACACUUUGUAACAGUACUACAGUUAAGUUCCUCUGUAGCUACGGCGGCAAGAUCCUCCCUCGCCUCACCGACGGCAAGCUGCGCUACUCCGGCGGCCACACCAGAGUCCUCGCUCUCCAUCCUUCCAUUUCUUUCUCAGAGUUGAUGGUGAAGCUUGGCGAGUUGUGUGGUUCGUCGGUCACACUGCGGUGUCCAUUGCCGAACGGUGACUUGGAAACCUUGAUUUCGAUCACCAGCGACGAAGAUCUUGCCAAUAUAAUCGAGGAAUAUGAUCGAGCUUCUUCAUCGUUAGCUCAUCCGUUGAAGAUCAGAGUCAUUCUUUCGCCGAUCAAAUCUCUCAAGAAAUUAUCACCUUCUCCGUCUUCUUCUUCCAGCGCCACUCACUCUCCUUCCGGUUCGUCUCACGCCUCCGUCGAAUCCCCGCCGUAUUCGAUGGCGCAUCGGUUUAUCCGCCAAAAUUGUUCGCCGGCGCCGGUUGGAUAUCCAAUCGGUGUCCCUAACGGGGCGGUGAAAGGUUGUUGGUACACGGAGCACUUCAACGGAAGCCCUAGAUUCCUUAAUGGUGGGGCUCACUGCAAUAAUUACUGCCACUGAUGUAAAGUGGAUAAAUCAGAAAUACCAAAUACGCAAUAGUUGAUGAGUUGAUGACCCAUAGAAAGUAAAAACAUAAAAACAAAAAAAAAAAAAAAAAAAAGUUUAGUGAGCUAUGAAAUACGAUUAUAUACAUAAAUAUAUGAUCUUGGAUACAUUUUAAAUUGAGCUUGAGCUUGAAA